AUGGCCACUUCGACUCUACCCCAGGUCCUUGAAAAGGGAAGCCGGCUCCCUUCUCCUCAAGGCGUGGAAUUCACGUAUCUCAAAUCCUUCAACUUCGCGACAAUGGACGAAGCCCGGGCCAAAGAGGAGCGAGGCAUCACCAGCGAAGCUGACGCCCGCGCCCAUGACAAAGUCAGCCUCGGCCCCUCACCCAGAAUCGUUCAUCAAGGAUGGUACUGGAACCCCGACGGCCAAGCGAUUCGUGGCGCGUGCACGCUACAGGGGUUAGCGGGACUGUCCCGAAAGAACAGUGUCAAGCCCCGGUGCUGGCGUCUUUUCCAAACUUCCAGCUGA